AUGGCCGGAGCUGCCGCCCCAGCCGCCGCCGCGCUCGCCGCCGUCGCCGUACUAGCCGCCGUCUCUGCCGCCUCCGCCGCCUCCAGCCACGGAACGACGGACAGUGGACGUCCCCGCAUGGCGUGGGACUGGCUGCAGGCUUCGCCGCGCAUGCACCGUGAUGUCCUGGGAGACAUGAUGCUGGCGCACGUCAUCGAACACCCUUGGAUUAUAUUUCCCCUCGCAGCAGUGGGCUCGGCGCCAGUGGGGGCCGCGCAGCCCCCCGCGUCGCGGCGCCAGAGCAUGCCCACGUUCACGCCGCGGCUGGGCCGCGAAUCCGCGGGCGACGACCUGGCCGAAGAGGAGCUGCAGCUGGCGCCGCCCUUCUGGCCGCGCCCCGGCCGCCACUCGCCGCCCCUGCCGCUCACCCCCAGGCUGGGCAGGGCCGCCCACCACACCAACCCGGCCGCUUCCGGCGAGCCCACCAGCGCAUAG